UGCUUCGCUUUGGUUUACGUUUGUUAAUAUUUUACAAAAAUAACAAAUUUUAACUGUUUGUACUUUAAAAUAUUGUGCAAACAUCGCCAAAAUGGUGAAACUAACUCCGGAAUUAAUAAACCAGUCGAUGCAAUACAUAAAUCCGUGCCGUGAGCGUGAACUCGAUUUGCGCGGCUAUAAAAUUCCACAGAUCGAAAAUCUGGGCGCCACAUUGGACCAGUUCGACACAAUUGAUCUGUCUGACAAUGAUCUACGUAAGCUGGACAAUCUACCUCAUUUGCCGCGGCUCAAGUGCUUAUUGCUGAACAAUAAUCGCAUUUUGCGCAUAAGCGAUGGACUUGAAGAAGUGGUACCGAGUCUCAGCUCCAUUAUACUGACCGGCAACAAUCUGCAAGAGCUGAGCGAUUUGGAGCCGCUUGCGGGUUUCAAGCAACUGGAAACAAUUUGCCUGCUUAUAAAUCCGGUGUCCACCAAGCCAAACUAUCGGGAGUACAUGGCGUACAAGUUUCCACAGUUGCGUUUGCUUGAUUUUCGCAAAAUAAAGCAGAAAGACCGGCAGGCAGCACAAGAAUUCUUUCGCACCAAACAGGGCAAGGACAUGCUUAAGGAAGUAGCUAAAAGAUCCAAAUUGAAUGCGGCAGCAGCGCUGGCUGCCGAAGCGACCACUGGCAAAGUUGGGGGCGAUAGUGGUAGAUUUGCCAAUCCGGAUGAUAUGCAGCGCAUACGUGAAGCCAUCAAGCGCGCCAGCUCGCUAGCUGAGGUUGAGCGACUGUCACAGAUAUUGCAAAGUGGACAAUUACCCGAAAAGUUCCAGCAUGAGAUCAGUUUAAACGGUCACAAUGGUGUCACCACCGAUCAAGUACCAGUGGCCAUGGAUUAUUAGAUUCUGUAGCUGCUUACUAAUUACAGUAGAUCAAUAUUUUAAUAAUUAAUAAAAAAAAA